AUGUCAUCAAUGACAGGAGUGCGCAAAGCACGUUCAACAAAUGUGACUUCAACACCACCUGUAAUAUCUACAACUCAGGAUGAAUCCACUAUACUCGAUGAUCUUCGUAGAAAUCUUCAUUGUCCAAUACAAUUUAUAAAUAUUUAUAAUCAAUGUUAUCAAAUAACAAAUCUUCGAUCAACAUUAAUUGAAAUUCUUUGUAAUAUAUUAUCAAAUUCAGUAAAUGUUGAUAUUAAAAUUCUUAUAUUCAUUCUUGAUGCUUUAAUAACAAAUCAUACAAGUUUACUUAUAGAAUUAACUGAUAUACAAUUUAAACAAGAUUUAUUACCAUUUAUUAAACGUAUAUUAUUAAAAACUGAAGAUAAUAAUAAUGAUUUAUUAUUAUUAACUUUACGAUUUCUUAUUAUACUAAUUGAGAAUUAUUCAAAUUUAUUAAAUUUAACAUUAACAGAAUGGUUAUCAAGUAUAUUAUAUUUUGUUGUUACACAUAUAUCAUCAUCAUCAUAUAUAAUUUAUGGUGAUAUAGUUAUUGAGUUACUUACAAAAAUAGUCAAAAAUUUUACACCAUUACCAAAGGAAAUUGUUGAUGUAUUAGGUCGAUCACCAUCAUCAAUUAUAUCGACACAUUUUCUUACGCAAUUGAAAACAUGGGUUAAACUUGUUGAUGAUACUAAAUUAGCUUUAUUUGCUAUACAUUUAUGGGAACCAUUAGCUGCACUUCUUAGUCGAUUAUUAACACGUGGACAUACGAAAGGAAAUGAAAUGUUAGCUGUUAUGCAAGAUGCAUUUAUCGUUGGUAAUUAUUCAAUACGUGCUGCUGCAUUUUCUUCAUGGGCAUCAUUUAUGUCACAUAUAUAUCGGUCAGAUUUAAAUUUACAUAAUGAUGAUAUUCAUCAACAACAAUUAUAUAAUCGUUUAUUAAAAUUAUUUCUAACACCUUUUCUACCUGAUUAUACAUCAAAAAAUAAAUCAGCAUCAAUAGCUAAAUGUCGUGCAUGGUUAAUAUUACUAUCAGCAUAUCCAACACAUAUUGAUGAUGUUGUUUUACCGUUUCUUUCAUUUGCAUUUGGUUAUCAUAUGACAUCUAAAACAACAUGGUGGUUAGAAUGUCGUCAUAUAGGUGAACAAUAUCUUCAUGAUAUAUUAAUUGAUACAACAAAUGGUGAAUAUAUUAUUAAAAUUGCUGGUGAACAAAUACUUAAUUAUUUAUUUGAUACAAUUGUUGAUGAAUUAAUAGAAAAUACAAUAGAUGAAAAUAAAUCUUUAGGUUUAAUAUGUUGGAAUUCUUAUUUAACUCAUCUAACACAUUUAUUAAUAUCAAAUAAUACUAUUAAUGAUAAUCAACGUGCAAUAAUAAAUACAUGUCUUUUAACACGUAUUGAACAAUUAUGGAUUGAUUCACGUAUAUCAACUCGAUAUUUAUUAAAAUUAUUUAAUACAUUUGAACAAACAGGUUUUCCUCUGGCUAUUGAAACAGUAUUACGUGAUUCAAGUAUAAGAACAAAAACUUUAUCAGCUACACAAAAUAAUCCAUUACAAGAAAAAUUUUCAUCAUCAGAUCAAUCUUCUUCAGCUCGUACAACAUUAUCUGAUCAAUAUCUUCAUAUGAUGUUAGAACAUUCAAUUCGUUUUAAUAAUGAUAAUGAUCAAACAAUUGAAGAAACAUAUCUUCAUAUAUUAUCAUAUUUAAUUGAUACAUUAUCAAAAACAUCUGAUCAUAAUUUUUGUCAUCAAACAUGUUCAUUAUUACUUAAAUGUUCAGUUGAAUUAACAGUUCAACCAUUAAAAAUUUCAUUUUUAUUUUGGCAUAUAUGGUUACGUUGUUCAACACAUUUAAUUAAUAUACUUAAUCGUACACGUACAAUUGAUGAAAAUAAUCAACAACAAGAAACAACUAUUGAAUUAUUACUUCGUCCAUUAUCAUUUUCUGAUAGUCAAAAUCUUGAUUAUUCAUAUACAUUAAUAUGGACACAAUUAUUUAAAGCAUUAUGUCGUUUAAUAUUACUUGAUGGUAAACAAUUAAUUAAUUUAUAUAUUGAAUUAUUUCGACAUACACCUGUUUUUCAACAAGCAAUAAAUGAUAAUAAUAAUCAACGUUUAUUUGGUUUUAUAUUAACAAUAAUAAAAUGUUUAUUAAAAAAUUUUAUCGAUAUAGAUUUAUUAAAUAUAUCAAAACGUUUAUUAUCAUCAAUUGUACUUUGUUAUACACAAUUAUCAAUUAUAAUUAAUUCUAUAUUACAACGUUUAUUAUUAAAUAAUAAUAUUGAUAAUAUUCAAUGGUUAUUUAUUUGUUAUUGUUUAUUAAAAUCAAAUAAAAUUACAACAAAUGAACAAUCAAAAUCAAUUGUAUUUACAUAUGUACGUGAUCUUAUUGUUGAUUUAUUUAAUUUAUGUAAAACAUGUUCACAAUUAGAAAUUAUUUUAACUAAUUUAACACAUUUACAAACAUUUCUUACAAUAUAUGAACAAAUAUCAAUAACAACAACAACAUCAACGUCGAAUUCAUCACCUGUCUUAGUUAAUAAACAACAACAAACAGAUAAUAUUAUAUUAAAUAAAAUUCUAUCAACAUUACAUACUGUAUAUGAAUCAUCAAAUGGUUUAUCUCUUUUGCAACUUAUUUAUCCAUUAUUAAUAAUUGCUUUUCAACAUAGUAAAACAAUAAUUAGAAAUAAAGCAAGAAAAUGUUGGAAUGAAACAUUUGGACGUUUAACAUUUAUUGUUUAUCCAAAUGAACUUAGAGCGUGUCUUCGUGAUCUUAAAGAUAAAGAACAUUUAUUAUUACCAUGUUUUCUUGCUGAUCAUGAUAAUAGUAAUACAUCUGGUAGUGGUAUAUUACCAAAUAGUACUGAUGAAAGUCAAUUAUCUCAACAAGUUGAUAUAGUAACCCCAUUAAUAAAACCUCAACAAUCAUCUUCGGAACAUUUUCAUUCACCAUAUUUAUCAACAACUCGUUUAGAUAAUAUCGAUCAAAUUGAAUCAAAAUUUGUUCCAAUAGCAAAUAAUAUCAAUCAUGAUAAUCAAUCUGAUUCUCCAGUUGUUAUUAAUAAACGUAUAUCAUCAACAUCGACUUGUUUAACAGAAAAUCAAAAAGAAAAAUUACGUACACAUCAUGUAAUACCAUUACUUUGUGAUGAUAAUAGUAAUACACAAUCAUUAUCAUGUACAAUGGAUACACCAACAAUUGAAAGUAUGAUGACAACAUAUCAACUUCGUAAUACAAAUAAUGGAAAUAAACAAUCCACUACUGGCAAUAGUAUAUCUCUAUUUAAACAACCAAUUUCAAAUAUUUCAAUUGAUUCAUCACAAGAGAAUAAUACAACAGCUGAAUCAUCAUCACCGUCGCUACCAACAUCAUCAACAAUCAUAACAGAAAAUGAAAAUUCAUCUGAACAAAUACUAACAAACAAUAACGAAGAUGAUAUACCUGAAGAAUCAUCUAUUUCGAAAAAACUUCGUCGUUCACGUCGUCCAUCAACAUCUGCACGUAAAAGUUUAGCAAAUAAUUCAAAGAAAAAACGUACUAUUUCAUCAUCAAAUGUAGUAUUGACAACUGUUCCAUCAACUACAAAUGAUCCUUCAUCAUCAUCAUCAUCAAAUAUUGAAAUAAUUAAAACACGUCCAUUAAAAAGUAUUCUUAAACGUUUAUCACCAACAAAACCUCGACAAGAUCAUACACGUCAUGUUGCUUUUCAUGAUCAAGUUAAAGUUUUAUUAUUUGCAUCACCAGCACGUCGUGAUAUUAAUAAUCAACAACAAAAAAAGAAAAGUCCUAAUAAAGAUGAAAUUAAAAAUGUAUUAUCAAUAACAACUCGACGUUCAAAUUUAAUCAAUACUAAUGAACAAAUAUAUCAUAAUAAUAAUAAAACACGUUCAUCAAAAUUAUUUAAUUUUUCUGAUGAUACAAAACCUGAAUUAUCUCCGAAGGCAAAUAAAAUUGAAGAACUACGUCAAAUAAAACCUGUUGAACCAAUCUAUCCAGCAUUAAUUGAUUGUGAUAAACCAUUAGAUUCUCUAAUUCAUGUAGUAUAUGGUGGUGUAUGUCCUACAAAUGCAAUUAAUUAUUUUCAUUCAAUCAAAAUGAAUACUGUUGGUGAUAUAGCACGAUCAACAGCUGCACAAAUUGAAGUUUAUCCAAUACCACCACCAAAAUUAGCUAAUAUUCAAAAAGCACUUUUAUUAUAUCAAGAACGUCUUAUAAAUUCUCCAUCAUUAUCACCAAUUAUAGGUACAAAUGGGGAAUCUCUUACACCAAUUGCAAGUACAUCUGAAGAAUCAAUUGCUAUCAGUGAUGGUACAUUUACAAAAGAAGCAUCAUCAUUACCACCACCAUCAACAACAACAACAAAUAUUACUGAUCCACAUCAUCCAAUGUAUGAUGUUGAUACAUUAAUCGAUAGUCUUGAUUAUGAACGACUAUAUUUAAAUGAUAAUAAUGAUAUUGAUGAUGAUAUCGCACCAGCAUCAACAAAUCAAAUUGAUUUUAUACGUACAAGACGUCAAAUAGCUUUAGCAAAUCGUGAUGAACAAAUGUCACCACAAAAACGUCGUUUAUCAUUAACAAACAAAGAUGAAGAACGUAUUGAUAAUCAAGAAGAAGAAGAAGAUGAACAAAUUGCAUCAAAAAAACAAACUAUUGUAAAUAGAACACUCGGUGAACGUUUACAAAAAGCAGCUGAUAUAUUUAAAAUUAAUGGUUACCUUCCAUUUGAUGAUGAUUAUAUUGAAUUAGUACGACACUUAUUUAAUAAUUCAUCAUUAACACAUCUUGAACGAUUACAUUUAAAAAGUUUAUUUCUUGAUAAUUAG